AGAAGGAAUUGACCCAACUUAUACCUUCCCUCUACUCAUAGUCAAAUUCUCCCAUGGCGAACGUUCACUUGGUUAUGGCGGCCGUUGUGGUGGUGCUUCUUGUUUCUCUCUCCUCUGUUUCUGCUUCUGCUAUUAGAACUACCAAACAACAAAAACAACCACUAAGGUUCAGCGAAAAGGGAGAGUUCAGGAUAUUGCAGGUAGCGGAUAUGCACUAUGCAGACGGAAAGACUACUCCGUGUGAGAACGUGCUGCCACAACAGUUUGCGGGUUGCUCCGACCUCAACACCACCACCUUCCUCCGCCGCAUGAUUGCUGCCGUCAAACCUCACCUCAUCGUUUUCACUGGGGACAACAUCUUUGGAUCUGAUGCAAAAGAUGCAGCAUACUCCCUGAAUGCUGCGUUUUCCCCUGCAGUUUCGUCCAACAUCCCUUGGGCUGCUGUUUUGGGAAACCAUGACCAAGAAUCUACGCUUUCUAGGGCAGGGGUGAUGAAACAUAUUGUUGGUAUGAAGCACACCUUGUCUCAGUUUAAUCCUCCUGAGGUUGGCAAUAUCGAUGGUUUCGGGAACUAUAAUCUGGAAGUCCAUGGGGUUGAGGGUUCAGCUUUUGAAAAUAAAUCAGUUCUCAAUCUCUAUUUCCUUGACAGUGGUGAUCACUCAACGGUUCCCUCCAUCCAUGGUUAUGGCUGGAUCAAACCCUCACAACAGCUUUGGUUCCAAAACACUUCCAAGAAGCUUCAGAGAGCAUACAAGAACAAGCCGGAGGCUCAGAAGGCACCUGCCCCAGGGCUCACAUACUUCCACAUCCCAUUGCCUGAAUUCGCAAGCUUUGACUCAUCGAACUUUACCGGUGUUAAGCAAGACCCCAUCAGUUCUGCUUCAGUAAACUCUGGCUUCUUCAAAACGAUGGUGGAAGCAGGCGAUGUGAAGGCCGUUUUCGUUGGCCACGAUCAUCUCAAUGACUUCUGUGGCGAGCUAACCGGCAUUCAUCUUUGUUAUGCUGGCGGAUUCGGGUACCACGCUUACGGGAAGGCUGGGUGGGACAGGAGGGCAAGGGUGGUGGUGGCGUCUUUGGAGAAAACGGAGAAGGGAGGUUGGGGAGGAGUUAAGUCCAUCAAAACAAGGAAGCACCUAGAUAAUCGACUGCUCACUGCUGUUGAUGUUCAGGUGCUUUGGAGUCAUUAAUUAACCUGGAUUUGCACUCUUCUAGUAAUUAAUACGAAUAAACCUGGAUUUGCAUGCACCCCCUCAAUUAUCAUGGCAACAAAUGUCACUUUAAACUUGAGCACCCAACGACUUUUUAGAGCAACUUACCGAUUUAUUAGCAAAAGAGUGGUAAAAUUUUACGAUUA